CCUAUUUUUUACUCCGAAUUUUUGCUAGUAUCUAGGCAUUAGUUGCACGAGACGCGAUGGAAGCUAAUGGCGGUAAAGGACAGGCAGUGCUAAAUAUUGCUGUUACCCAAUGGCGAUUUCUUCUACUGGCAUUGCUCUUCGCACUCGCCGGAGCAAGUCCACCGUCACCUCUUGCUGCCGCCGCAGGCGGCGGAGGAAGACCCCGAGAAGAUGCGAGCAUCCCAAUUACCGGCAAUGUAACUACCGACAACCAGAGCGUGGCCUUCUAUAGGCGGUCUCUGAUCAUCAAUGGCCGCCGGAAGCUGCUAAUCUCCGCUUCCAUUCACUAUCCCCGCAGCGUCCCGGCUAUGUGGCCUGGAUUAGUCCAACUGGCGAAGGAAGGAGGAGCUGAUGCUAUUGAAACUUAUGUGUUCUGGAAUGGCCACGAACGUUCUCCCGGAAAUUAUUACUUUGGUGGAAGAUAUGACUUAGUGAAAUUUUGCAAGAUCGUUCAGCAAGCUAGUAUGUAUCUGAUACUUCGAAUUGGACCAUUCAUUGCAGCAGAGUGGAAUUAUGGUGGAGUACCUGUAUGGCUCCAUUAUGUACCAAAUACCAUCUUCCGGACCGACAGCGAACCUUUUAAGUUUUAUAUGCAGACUUUUAUGACAUUCAUAGUAAAUCUGAUGAAGAAAGAAAGGCUUUUUUCAUCUCAGGGGGGCCCUAUUAUCUUGUCACAGGUAGAAAAUGAGUAUGGUUUCUACGAAGCAGCUUAUGGGGAAGGAGGUAAAAGGUAUGCCUCUUGGGCAGCAAAUAUGGCUCUUUCUCAAAAGACAGGUGUGCCCUGGAUUAUGUGUGAGCAAUUUGAUGCUCCUGCUGAGGUGAUUGACACUUGCAAUUCCUUUUAUUGUGAUCAAUUCACACCACUCUCUCCAAACAAACCCAAGAUUUGGACAGAAAACUGGCCUGGAUGGUUUAGGACAUUUGGGGACAGUGACCCUCACAGGCCUCCAGAGGACAUUGCUUUUUCUGUGGCACGUUUUUUUCAAAAAGGUGGAAGUGUGCAUAACUAUUACAUGUAUCAUGGUGGGACAAACUUUGGUCGUACAUCAGGUGGCCCAUUUAUUACCACAAGUUAUGACUAUGAAGCACCCAUUGAUGAAUAUGGUCUAGCAAGAUUCCCCAAAUGGGGACAUCUUAAAGAACUUCACAAAGCAAUAAAGUUGUGUGAGUCUGCGUUGCUGAACAAUGAGCCUGUUUCACUUUCACUAGGUCUUUUACAGGAGGCAGAUGUCUAUGAAAAUGCAUCAAGAGGAGAAUGUGCAGCUUUCCUUUCUAAUGCAGAUAACAAGACUGAUAAGGUGGUAGUGUUCCGGAAUAUGCAGUACAAUCUGCCUGCAUGGUCUGUUAGCAUUUUGCCUGACUGCAAGAAUGUGGUAUUCAACACGGCAAAGGUCAGGUCUCAAACUUCUAUAGUGGAGAUGAUACCAUCAGAUUUACAUUUUUCAUCAGGAUCAGCUCAUAGUGGACUGAAAGAUCUUCAGUGGGAAGUCUUUAUGGAAUCAGCUGGAAUUUGGGGAGAUGCUGAUUUUACAAAGAAGGGAUUUGUAGAUCACAUCAACACUACAAAAGACACUACUGAUUAUCUGUGGUGCACAACAAGUCUAUUUGUUGAUGGGGAUGAGGAAUCAGUCAUAAAUGGAAGCAGCACAAUACUUCAGGUUGAAUCAAAGGGCCAUGUUCUGCAUGUCUUCGUCAAUAAAUUGUUACAAGCUACUUCAUAUGGAAAUGGCACCGUUCCAUCCUUUAAGCUGCGAACUCCUAUUUCUCUCAGUGCGGGAAAGAAUGAAAUUUCAUUACUGAGCAUGACCAUGGGUUUACAAAAUGCUGGCGCAUUUUAUGAAUGGGUUGGGGCAGGUCUAACAAGUGUAAAAGUUGAAGGGUUCAAGAAUGGGACGAUUGACUUGUCUUCAAACAUUUGGACGUACAAGAUUGGAUUAAGAGGUGAAAGUCUGAGAGUAUACGAGGGAGACGGCUUGACCAGUAACAUGUGGGUGCCAAUUUCGGCACCACCUAAAGAACAACCCCUUAUAUGGUAUAAGGCUGUGGUUAAUGCUCCACCAGGUGAUGAACCCGUUGGCCUAGACAUGGUCCAUAUGGGGAAAGGCAUGGCUUGGUUGAAUGGAGAAGAAAUCGGAAGGUAUUGGCUCAGGAAAAGCUCUAAAAAAGACAAGUGUGUUCAUCAGUGCAACUACAAAGGCAAAUUUACCCCUCACAAGUGUAACACAGAUUGUGGAAAACCGACACAACGAUGGUACCAUGUGCCGCGGUCAUGGUUCAAGCCCUCUGGUAACAUCUUGGUGAUCUUUGAAGAGAUUGGUGGAAACCCUACAAAAAUUAAAUUUUCUCGCCGCAAAGUAUCCAACAUCUGCGCUCAGGUUUCAGAAGGUCACCCUUCCUUUGAUCUUGAACAACUUCAAGAGGGUGAAAUUGAGAAGAGCAUGGGAAAACCCACACUUAAAUUGAAAUGCCCGAUGAAUACUCAAAUUACUGCAGUUACCUUUGCUAGCUACGGAACUCCCACUGGUACAUGUGGCUCCUAUGUUGAAGGAGAGUGCCACGACUCAAACUCUGUCUCGUUGGUCAAUAAGGCUUGCAUGAACAAAAGUGAGUGUGCCAUAGAACUAUCUAGCAGAAAUUUGAGUACGAGAUUAUGCCAAAACAUGACCAAGACAUUUGCAGUCGAAGUCCAGUGUAACUGAAGAGUGAAGAUGCGUAAUUCGCCUCCCACAUAUUUCCACUUUUAUUCAGAAAAAAAGUAUGGUACUCUUUAUAGUCCCUUUCUCUUUAUUCUUAUUCAUGCAGCUGAACAAUAUGCAGAAAGCAUCUUUGUUAGUUUGAUACCAUUUGUACCCUUUAACAAGCCAAGUUUGCUAAUUUUUGAGUGGAGUAAAAGAAAGAAUGAAGAUACACUGAUUAA